AUGUUCCAUCAGCAAAGUGUCCAUCCCGUCGACAUCGAGGACUAUUUCAAAGGUCCCCGAGACACCGGCCGCCACUCGAAAUGGCCCAGUUUCAUGCGAAUGCACGGCUCGAUCUUGCCCAAAAUGAUAGUGCCUCUGUCAUUUGUGGCCGCGUGGGCCACUCUGAUCACCUGCAUCUCCAAGCUCAUGCAUUCGCUUCAAGUCGACUCAAUCCUUCUGACCAUGACUGGUUUCGUCGUGGGCUUGGCCCUUUCCUUCCGCUCAACCACUGCCUACGAGCGCUAUGCAGAGGGCCGGAAAUAUUGGGCGCAGCUCUCACUCAACGCACGCAGUCUUGCUCGCCUCAUCUGGGUGCAUGCUCAAGAACGCCACGAGGAGUCCACAGAGCUUGGUAAACAUGACCUACUCGCCAAGCUCGCUGCACUUCAACUGAUCAAUGCCUUUGCCGUUUCUCUGAAGCACAGGCUGCGUUUCGAGCCUUCCAUCGAAUAUCCAGAUCUUGCUCCGCUGCUGAGCCACCUGCACACGCUUGCGGGAGACGCCGACCAGAGCAUGCUUCAUCAGCGCAGAGUCUCGAAAAUCAAGUCAAUUGGCCAAUCCCUGGGCAUUCCGAUGGCUGAGGAUAAUCCACGUCAACUGUUGAAGACGUCGAAAGACAAUCUCGGCAAUACGCCUUCGGAGGUCAUUGCCUAUCUGGCCUCAUACAUCGAAAACAUAUUCCAGAACAAGACCUUGACGAUUAGUUGUCAUCAGGGCCAAGCUAUGAAUAUGCUUUUCAACUUCAGCGAUGUCUUAGCAGGCUGCGAGCGUGUGGUGAACACACCUCUUCCCGUCGCUUACUCCAUCUCGAUCGCUCAAAUCACCUACGCCUACGUCUUCGCUCUUCCUUUCCAGCUCGUCGGGAGGCUCCACUGGGUUACCAUCCCAGGUACCAUAAUAGCAGGAUACAUCAUCCUUGGCCUCGCACAGAUUGGUCGGGAAUUAGAGAAUCCAUUCGGCCAAGACGUCAACGACUUGCCCUUGGACUCAUUCUGCACCGAGAUUGCGAACGACAUCGACACCCUGACUUCCACCCCUCCGCCGCUCGCCGAUAAGGCCUGGAUGCUUCACUCUGGCUCCAAGCUCCUCUGGCCCCUCAGCAACAUGGAGUUCCAGGCGUGGGAGAAAAAGAGUGUGGCUGAGAUCAGGGCGGCGUUAAAGGCGAAG